GAGGCUGUGGGGAGGUUAAUAUCAGCAGCCGAAGGGAAUCGCCGGAGCGGGCGCGCAGCUCUGAGCGACAGGGAACCGGUGACAAUCCUCGUUGGCGAAAGUGCAAAGAGAAGCAAAAUGCACCUGAAGGGCAAAGUGGCUCUGGUCACUGGGGCAGCUCAAGGCAUAGGCAAAGCCUUCGUCGAAGCUCUGCUGGAAAAAGGUUGUAAGGUGGCACUUGUGGAUCUGAAUGCAGAUGCAGGCAAAGCCAGCAAAGAUGACUUUGAUAAGCAGUAUGACCCACAGAGAACUAUCUUCAUUCCUUGUGAUGUUUCAAAUGAAGAAAAAUUUAAAGAUGCAUUUAAGAACACAAUUCAACAUUUUGGAAAUCUGGAUAUUCUGGUCAAUAAUGCUGGAGUAAAUGAUGAAGCGAACUGGGAAAACACAGUUCAAAUCAACUUGAUUUCAGUGAUUAGAGGAACAUAUAUUGGACUAGAGUACAUGAAAAUUGAAAAUGGUGGCAGUGGAGGGGCUAUUAUUAAUACUGCAUCAUUAGCAGGGCUAUGGCCAGUUGCAUACCAACCAGUGUAUUCUGCUUCAAAGCAUGGAGUAAUUGGAUUUACACGUUCAGUGGCUCUGGCUGCUAGGGCAAAAAAUUAUGGUGUACGAAUAAAUGCUAUCUGUCCUGGUUUUGUCAACACACCAAUUCUUCAGAGUGCUUUCCAGGAAGAAUAUAUGGGUUCAUAUUAUUCAUUCAAAGAAGAAAUCAAACAUAAGAUGGAAUUCUAUGGCAUUUUGGACCCAUCACUAAUUGCUGAAGGACUGAUAAAAAUCCUAGAAGAUGAUUCAUUAAAUGGAGAAAUUAUGAAGAUUACAAAGCAAGGAAUUAAUUUUCAUGAAUAUUGUCCAACACCAUAAUAAACCUUACUAUUUUUCCUGGAACAGUUCAUAAUACUUCCUUCCCUUCUUGGUAAUAGUAACACUUCAUUUCAAUACAAAAUCUUCUGUCAAUAUGUGAAGGAUUUUUGAUAUUAUACUGUAAAUUACUUAUAUUGUCAUCAAUUAAUAUUUCAAAUGCUGUAGAAAUAUACUAUAUAAUUUUAAUUUUGAAAAACAGUUUAUAAAUGUGUUUAGCAAGUAAUGGCUUAGUCAAUUUAGAAUUUUUAUAGAUUUAGAAUAAGAGUAAUAAAAUUAUACACUCUGUUACUCAUAAAUUAAUCCAAGCUGCAUGGCAGAAUUUCAGGAUCUGAUUUACAUAGUAUAGGAUUGCAUAUUUAAGAUUUCGUUCAAAUUAAAUAAUUUUAUCUUUGUAAUACAUUUUGCCAAGUCUUUUUUUCCAUUUGUACAGACAUAUUUAACAGUAUAUACUGUAGUUAUUUAGUCUGAACCUGCAAAUAAUAUUUGCUCAGUCAUUAUGCUAAAUGUAGGGUUGUUAUCUAUUUACAUUAAAAUUUGCUUCACCUUUCUCACAAAAUAUACACACACUAG